GAGAGAGGGACAGUACGCACAGAAUCCUGGAGAGCUUGCAGUCGGAAAUUUGGUGGAGCUCAAAACAGAAUUUGAUCGCGUCAAGAAAUCGUUUAUAACUCUCCCGGACCAGGUGGCAUAGCUCCCGAAAAUGAAUCCCUGCGGUGUUUAUGCAAACCAUAACGUGCGACUUGCAAAAAUUAACGUCUAUGGGUUCGAUUACGAUUACACGUUGGCACAUUAUACUCCUGCAUUGCAGUGCAUCAUAUACGAUCUCGCGAGGAAUCACCUUGUGGAGGAGCACAGGUACCCGGAUUCCUGCUUAAAUUUCCAGUAUGAUGCUAGUUUCCCCAUCCGAGGUCUAUACUAUGACAAGAAAAUGGGGUACCUGCUCAAGUUAGACCUCUUCAACUCGGUCCAGCCCGGUGGGUGCUUCUUCGGCCGGCGCAGGCUUGACGAGGAUGAGUUGGAGUCUUGUUAUCCUGGGAAGCACGUGAGUGCGGAACAUAUACGCAACCUUGUACCUCUUAUGGAUCUCUUCUGCCUCAGUGAGGUAUGCCUGCUAGCAGAUGUUAUCCAACACUUCGUAAACCAGAAGCUACGCUUCGACUGCACCUACGUGUACGAAGACGUCCAGAAAUGCAUCAAAUACAUCCACACGAGUGGAAACCUGCACCGUGAAAUCUUGAGCAAUCCAGCCAAGUACCUGCAAAAAAAUCCAAAAUUGAUAGAGAUGCUUCAUACGUUGAAAGAAAGAGGAAAGAAGAUGUUCAUAUUGACCAAUUCGCCCUUCCCUUUUGUCGACAGUGGUAUGAAGUUCCUCUUUCAGGAAACAGGGCAGGCACAAAACUGGAGGGACCUGUUUGAGGUGGUGAUUGCUCUUUCAGAUAAACCGAACUUCUACCAUUCCCAAAGACCUUUCAGAGCUUAUCAUCAUAAAAAAGAUGUCCUGUUGUUCACAAAAGUGGAAUCCUUCGAGCCACACGGUGUGUACUAUCAUGGCUGUCUCAAAGACUUUGCAGAGAUUACUAAAUGGAAGGGGUCUGAGGUGCUCUAUUUUGGGGAUCAUUUGUUCAGCGAUCUGAGAGGUCCUGCACAAGCCGGAUGGCAUACCGCUGCUGUUAUUCGGGAGCUUGAGAGAGAAAUUUCAACACAGAAUGAGACUGAGUACCGAUUUCAGCAGGCAAGAUACAACAAGUUGAAAGAAGUGUUGGGAAAGUUUCAUGGACGAUCCGCUGCCAUUACAAAGGAAGAGAACAACAUCUUAGGGGAGUUGAGGGAGCUUCGUAGCAAAUCAAGACAAGCUAUGAAGGAGAUGUUCAACACAAAUUUUGGGUCCACGUUCUUGACAGACACCGGCAAGGAAUCUGCGUUUGCAUACAAUGUACAGAGGUAUGCAGAUAUCUAUACGAGCAGGCUGGAGAAUUUUCUGUUCAUCUCAAGUGAUGCGUGGCUCUUCAGUCCUCUGAAUGUGAAGAUAUUGCCUCACCACAUCAAGGUAUUUCCUGCCGAAAAGGAAGGAGGCCAAUUAACAAUACAGUGACUACAGACUUCUCGUGAAGUCAAGCACUCAAGGACCCUAACAACCCUCAAUGUUUAUAUUGAAAUAUAAUGUAUUUGCAAAGAAGCCCAGCACCACUUCAUGUUUUUGAAGUA